AUGCCCUGCAACAUGAUUUCCACCGCUGUUACAGUCACUCUUUUAGGCCUUUCUACCUUCUCAUCUGCAAUCUCUUGCGAAAAGAAUGAGGUGCCUGGGACAAUCGAAAUGCCUCUGACUCUUGUCGAGAGCGGCGGUGAUGAGGGUCCGCAGUAUCUGCUCAACAUCUCUGUCGGCACGCCGCCGCAAAAUGUCACCGUGCAGAUUGACACGGGGUCUUCUGAUCUCUGGAUAUUUUCUUCCGAUAAUGAAUGCAAUAACUCCUGGGGCUGCUUAGGAAGUUCAUUCCAUGAAAAUGCUAGCAGCACCCUGGUAAAUGACCUUCCUGGCCAGUUUGCAUAUUCCUAUGGCAGUGGCGCCAAUGGUACUGGUGAUUAUGUCACUGAUGACGUUCAAAUUGGUGGCAAGAUGAUAAAGAAUGUUCGCUUUGGUGUUGCGCACAAAUCAAACGGCAUAUCACCUCUCUACGGUAUCAUGGGCCUGGGAUUCUCUGAUGGCGAAUUUGCUGUGAACAAGAACCUUUCUCGGUUCAACACCACUGUCCAAAAAAUGAGUAACCAAGGUAUCAUUAAUUCGGCUGCCUUUUCGCUUUAUCUCAACAAUAUUGAGAACCAAGGGAAUAUCCUAUUCGGCGGAUACGACAAAGCUAAAUAUCAUGGGGAUUUGCAGAUGAUGGACUUGAUUGGUUUCGACGGUACUUACAAGCAAUGGUACGUCAACCUAACUGCCCUUGGCUUGUCAACUGUCUCCAGCAAUGGCUCUUCUCCAAUCACCUGGUUUGGGAACAGCUCCAUUGCUGGAGCAGCCUUUAUCGACUGUGGAAGUCCUAAAAUGUUUCUGCCCGGUGGCGGCUCUAUGAAUUUGAUUCCCAAUGUCGGCGGUGUAUAUGACCCUGAGGCAAGCUCCUCCUUAAUACCUUGUUCUGCCAUAAACGACACCAAAACCUUUGUCGAUAUUCAGCUCGGCGGAAGUGACCCUAACGGACCUCUAAUCAAGAUUCCAAUUAGUAACCUUGUGGAGCCAUAUACGGGAACUAAGAAAAAUGUCAGCAUCAAUGGAGAGAAGGCGUGUUCAUUUGGCCUGAGCCCAGGUCCAGAUGACUUCCAGGUCCUCGGUGAUGCUUUCAUCAAGGGUGCAUACACCCUGUUCAACAUGGAUACCCAUUCAGUUUCGAUGGCAAACGUCAAGCUAAAUACGGAGAAAAGUGAUAUUGUUGCUGUAUAG